AUGACUUUCAUUACCAUGGAAAAGCACUUCUGCAUGCACUGCCUGCGAACCGCGAUCAACGAAUUCCGCGCCGGAGGGAUAAGCACCCCUAAAGUGCUAGAGAUUUGCUGUCGAUUUGAUACCGAGAUCGACUCCAAGAAAGGGCUAAGCAAGAGAUGCCAGCAGUGUGUUGCGCGUGCCGAUACCUGUGAAGCGCCUGUGGCUGGAAUAGCGGGAGACGUGCAGGAUUUCCUCCGGCUCCUGGAGUUUUUACGCAGCUUAAUCAUGGCGAUGGUCCCCGAAGAGGAGCAACCGGACGACCCAGAGGAUAACGAUGGGUUUUGGGUGUUCGCGCCCGCAACUCGCCUCCGUUUUGCCCGGCUUUCGCUGGACCUUGCCCGUGGUUUCAACCACGCUAAGACCGCCCAUCGGGUCGCCCAUGGGCUGACUGGUUCCGCCAAAGCGCGUUUGGUGCGUGGUUACCUAGUGCAAUCGCCUGUGUAUCGCCAGCUAAUGUCCCUGUUUAGCCCGCGACUACUACUUACAAGCAGUAUAUUGUUGCUUGACAGCAACUCAUGGUUGCUGCGGUUUCUCCUCCUCGUUUUAACUCACAUUAAGGAGGUGAUUGCCGCCGACGAGUACAAUGCCGACUUCCCAGAUGCUCUAGGGGCUUUUCCGAUUCCUAUCCCCUAG